AGGGGCUCCACACUACUUGUAAAAGAGCUGCUUGAUUGUUGUACUUCGAAAGCUUCACAUGUUAACAGGUGGUAUGAAAAAGCUUGGUAAGUGCUACGCAUUCAUGACUCAGUUUAAUUAGUCCAGAACCACCAAAUAUCAUCAGUUUCGUGUCAGUUUAUAAAUUACUUCAUCCGAACUACGUGAUGGAAAGGAUGAUGACUUAUUGUUCCUUUAGGUGAUGUUCAUAGCCUACUGUGACUUGCAUACCGAAGAUGUGAUAUUGACAGAAAGGAUCUUCAACGGGCAUUGCGCAUUAUUGCAGUUCCGUUGGCUCCAAAUCCAAUCGUCAGGUAAGAGUUACAUACAUAUAUCCUGGAAAAGUUGAGUGACGCUUAUAUCAUCACACAAAGCUCUCAUCACUCACGUAUCGCUCAGGUAUUUCCACUUCCACCUCAAUAGAGAAGGAACUGCUCAAUGGAGACUUGCGUGUUAAUACUUCAACUUCUUUUUUUCAUAUUACUUGAUUAAAUCUCAUGUAUAUAUACGUGCCAGUGUAUAUAAGAUUCACAAAGGAAUGUUAAACCUCCGUUAUAUUUCUUUGGGAAGACAAAAAGAAGGGAGUGGCUGUCAGGAAAUACCAAAGGUUGGCGUCAUAACUAAAUCAUUACCUCAACAUUAUAAGUAAAUAAGAGCACCUCCCACAUACCUUACUGAAGGAAAAGUUAUUUAAUAGUGAGGUAUCAUUAAAACAACAUGACACCUCAAAAAAAGUGAGGUCUUCAGGUGGCAGUGACGCGGUGUCAGGGUGUCGGAAUAAAAACAAAUUAUUACUCAAGCCUUCAAACAUUUCGAAUACAGAAAUACAGAAUGGCAUAUGCCGCAUAAUUUACUGUAGAAAAGGUUAUUCAAUAGUGAGAUAGCAUUACAGAACACCAAAAAGUGUGGCCUUCAGGUGGCGGUUGUCUGGCCCUCUAGCGGCGAGUGUCGGCGGCCACGUGUAGGAGGUAAACAUCAGCUGCUCCUGACAUCAUGACAUCCAAAGUGACAUUCAAGAUCACCCUCACCUCAGACCCCAAGCUGCCCUACAAAGUAUGAGACCUGAAUGAUCUUAAAGAAGAGCCAAGUGUCUUCUUGCCUGGAAAAUGAAGAGUGUUGUCAGACUAGUCCCACCAAGGUAACCAUCACACAGCUUGAGGGAGGCUGUGCUAAAAUAGCUCAUUUGUUCCUUGGGACUGUGUACAGCCUAGGGAAGGAAGGGCUUUCCUCUUGAUGAGAAACACCACUGAAGCCAUUGUAAUAAAGCACUCAUCGAGAGAGAUUACUCAGCAGUUCUCAAGUGUUCCCAGAGAUUCUAACUUUGACAAGAUUAAUCAUAGGAUACCAAGUUGUGAUGUGUGGCUUUCCUCUUGAUGAGAAACACCACUGAAGCCAUUGUAAUAAAGCACUCAUCGAGAGAGAUUACUCAGCAGUUCUCAAGUGUUCCCAGAGAUUCUAACUUUGACAAGAUUAAUCAUAGGAUACCAAGUUGUGAUGAAUACAAUGACACUUCCAGUACUUCUAGUGUGAAAGUACCUGCUUCCUCAGUACUUCUAGUCUGAGAGUACCUGCUUCCUCAGUAGUCUGAAGGUACCUGCUUCCUCAAUAUCACCAUGAUGUGUGCUUGUGAACACAAGCAGAUGUCUGGAGGCACCACAGAUUGUGCCUGUGAACACUGGCAAAGAGUGAUGAAUAACAUAAUGUAUUUUCUGUACACGGUAUUGCCUGGAGCAUCAAGUCGUGCCAAGUGGACCAGAGAGGGGGUGGACCGUGCUGUGGCUUGGGGGCUGCACUGUGAGAAGGCUGUGGCUCGCUUCAGGCACAGGGGCUCUCUGCGAACAGCCAUCACCAAGCUGGCCAGACGCAACCAGCAGAUAGGGAGUUUCCGGGACCUGGCAAGUGCUCGCCGCCUGUUGUUGGAACGCCUUCUGCAGAACCAGCUGCUGGAAGAAGGCAUGAGAGAGUAUGUGAAGCAGCUGUCCCAGGAUAUCCUGGGUGCAGAACAUGCCUCCCGUGUAGAAUUAGUAGCACAGCAGCAGCAGCAGCAUGCCUCAAGCCUUUUUAGGAUACUGACAAAAACACAGCACAAUGAUGUCACUGCAAGACUGAGAGCAAGACUCAUGCUGGAGGUAGCAAGCAGUAGUGAGUCAGGGCAGGUGGGAGAGUGCCUGUCCAAGAUAGUAUACUCCCCUGCCUCACUGCAAACCUCCCUGGAGGUGGCCUUGUUGGAGGGAGAGGAUCCUGUUGUGGAGGUGGGGUCAGCAGUGGCCAGAUGGGUAGAGGAAGUGGUGGCCUCCCCUCAACACAGGCUACAUAGGGGUGUCUUGAAGUGCCUCUAUUCUUUCCCUCCACACUUGCUGUCCAAGGCUCUGGCAAGACACCCACACCUCAUCAUGGCAGUCCUAAAGUCCCUCCACAGAGAAGCUCUUAACCUGCAGCCAAGUUAUCAUGAUGAAGGAUGUCAUUGGCUGCCCUGCAGACCCUCAGUCCUCAGCUGGGAGGAUCUGGUCAAGGUGUACAGUGUUGUUGCCAGCCACCAUAGCAUGGCUGGUCAGGUCCAGGAGGCUGUGGAAGGCUGGAGUAUGGUGGAAGGUGGAGCAGUGUGGGGAGAGGUGGUGAGGCAAGCCAAGGCCACUUGCAUGUCAGCCUCAUCCAACACUAGUGACUCUUAGACACAAGAAAAGGGGAUAACACAAUAGACCCUGGACUUCGUGGUGAUGAUUCCCUUGUACGUUAGUGAAUAGUGUGUGUCAGCACAUCAACUUUGAUUUUAACUGAAAGCUAUUCCCAGGUUCUUGUUUUAACAUAGGAUCAUUCAUGAGGAAGCUGACUGGGUGAAUAACAUUUAGUAGUGAAUGUGUGUUAAAGCGAAGCCUCAGGACUGAUGAGGUCCCCCUGUGAUAGAGGCUCACAUUUUGGCCACACAGAAAGAAUGCUACUGCUAUGUCUGGUGUGCUGCAUAAGGCAACUUAGGAUGAAGGACAGUCCCCCCCCUCCCCUCCCCUCCCCUCCCCCCCCCCUCUCUCUCUCUCUCUCUCUCUCUCUCUCUCUCUCUCUCUCUCUCUCUCUCUCUCUCUCUCUCUCUCUCUCUCUCUCUCUCUCUCUCUCUCUCUCUCUCUCUCUCUCUCUCUCUCUCUCUCUCUCUCUCUCUCUCUCUCUCUCUCUCUCUCUCUCUCUCUCUCUCUCUCUCUCUCUCAUGCCAUGCCCAUUUAUAGGGAUAGCAAUCUGGUGGAUAGAUAUAUAGGCAAUAAUUUUGGAUAAGUCAGAGGAACUUUUUAUGAAAUUUCUUAAUUUAUUUUAUAUAAUUGUAGAUGAUGGAAAACAUUCUGGCUAAAUCAUUUUGUAAAAAAAACUAUUCAAUUUAUAUUCACAUGCAAGUAUUUUUCAUACUUGACUCAUAUAAUUAGUCAGGCUAUCAAAGGUAUCAGUAUGACUAUUUCCUGACUGUGUCUGUGAAUCAAAGCAUUAUUUAGUAAAACUUCAAAUUUAUUCAGAUUCAGCAUGUAGUUGGCUUUCUUAGUUGUUAACUAGUCACAGUGUGUACAUAUCCCUGAUGACUUCCCCUUAUUGACUAGACACUGAAUAACACUUUUGUGGCUUUGGCAAUGGUUUUUUAAGAAACAUAACUUCAUUUUAAAUUAUUAUAAUAUAUAUUAGCUGUGUCAUUAUCUCCCGGUAAUAUGUUUGACAUUUGAAGUGUGUGGUACGGCAUAGUCAUGUUUACCUCAUGCAGUGGUGGUGCCAUCGGAGUGUGGUGAGAACUUUACUUAUCUUUUCUAACAAAACACAGAAAUAUUCAUACUAAGAAAUAGAUUGCCAUUUCACAGUCAUUUCCUUUUAAUUGAUAUUCCCAUCCAUACUUAAUCAUUCAACCUGGUUUGUGCUUUAUCACCUUGAUUUUAUCACAGACAUUUUAUGAAUACAUGAAAGAAAUUUUUAUCAACAUGCCCUCUCAUGAGUUAUAUUGUGUUAGUAUUUAAAACAUUUUAUAUUGCCUAGCAUAAGGACUCAAAUGUACACUAGUUUUAAACCUAUGAUUUUCUGAAUAAAGAAAUUAAUACCUUUAUAUAAA